UUAAUAGAAAGUCACCUAACUCAUCUUUCUUUGUUCUCUUUUUAACGAAGCGAGCGGCUGGCGGACCGAUGGACGGCCACAAGGAAACCGUUGGCAUGACGACUCCUGGAUUCCUGGAACCGUGUGUUUCCUUCCUGGAAACAGACCCCGACAUUUCGGGUUUCCACAAAGUGGAAGGGAUCUGUGAGAUCCAGCACAGAGCGGUGGGUCUGUCAAGCAUGAUCCCUGUGCUGGAAGACGGCCAAUCCGUCGAAGGAACAUCUUAUAUAUGCUCGGAUUGCGGGAAGAGUUUCUGCAGCAUCUCCAGCCUGAUCAGCCAUCAAAAGCGAAACCACUCGGGGGAGAAGCCCUACAAGUGCGCGGACUGCGGGAGGAGCUUCCACCAGAGCUCGGAUCUCGUGAAACACGAGAGGAUCCACACGGGAGAGAAGCCGUACAAGUGCACCGUGUGCGAGAAGCGCUUCAACCAGCGCUCCUACCUGAUCGUCCACCAACGCUUCCACACGGCGGAGAAGCCGUACAAGUGCUUCCUCUGCGGGAAGAGCUUCUGCUCCAACGCCCACCUCAUGACCCAUCAGAGGACCCACACGGGGGAACGGCCCUAUCAGUGUCCCGUGUGCGGGAAGCGUUUCACAACCAGCUCCAACUUUGUCAACCACAAAAAGACCCACACGGAAGAGAAGCCGUACAACUGCUCCCUCUGCGAGAAGAGCUUCAAGCGGAGCUCGUACCUGAUCCAGCACGAGAGGACCCACACGGGCGAGAAGCCGUACACCUGCCUCACCUGCGGGGAGAGCUUCGCUUCCAAUUCGGGCCUUGUGAAACACCAGCGGAGCCACACGGGGGAGAGACCUUACAAGUGCUCGUACUGCGGGAAGUGCUUCAGCCAGAGCAUGAUCCUCACGCAGCACGAGAGGACGCACACGGGCGAGAAACCUUGCAAAUGCCCGGCCUGCGGGAAAAGCUUUCGCUCCAGCUCAGAUCUCGUGAAGCACAAAAGGAUCCACACCGGGGAGAAACCCUACAAAUGUUCCCUGUGCGGGAAAAGCUUCACCACCAGUUCGGAUGUGGUGAAGCACGAGCGGACCCACACGGGGGAGAAGCCCUACAAAUGCGGCACUUGUGGGAAAAGCUUCAGCCAGAGCUCACACCUCAUGCAGCACCAGAGAAUCCACACGGGGGAGAAACCCUACUCCUGUCUGGUUUGUGGCAGGUGUUUUACCUGCAGCGCGCACUUAGUGGUCCACAAACGGACCCACAAAGACGGGGAAGUGUUAAAAGUAUAACCGUCGGUGUUGGUGGAUUUUGGGUUGUAUUUACUAGCAGGCCUUCUGUGUGUGUGUGCGUGAGAGAGAGAGGGAGAGAGAGAAAGAGAGAAAGUGAGGGAGAGAGAGAGAGCGGG